AGGAAGUCAUCCGAUGAAAGGAAAAGAAAACCCUUUGGAAGGACCCGGAAGAGAGAAGUUCACCAAGUUAAAAACGGAGACUGAAACCAAGACAUCUACCAACAAAGCAUUGAAGGGAUCUUGAAGUAAAAACAUAUUGUAAUGGCUGGUGUUAAAGCACUAGUAGGUCUGUCCUUCAGUGGAGCCAUCGGGCUCACCUUUCUGCUGCUGGGCUGUGCGUUGGAACAAUACGGGGUGUACUGGCCGCUGUUUGUGUUGCUCUUCUACGUGCUGAGCCCCAUCCCAACGUUCAUCGCCAAGAGGCUGAGUGAGGACACCGACUCUGCCAGCAACGCCUGCAGGGAGCUGGCGUACUUCUUCACUACUGGUAUUGUGGUGUCAGCCUUUGGCCUUCCAAUGAUCCUGGCACGCAAAGAAACGAUCCAGUGGGGCGCUUGUGGUCUGGUGAUGGCCGGCAACUCUGUCAUCUUCCUCACAAUCCUGGGUUUCUUUGUGGUGUUCGGAGGUGGGGACGACUUCAGCUGGGAGCAGUGGUAGAGUGGUCUAGUCCAUUCCCCCAGGACGGGGGGGCCUCAAGCUGCAUGUACCACCGGAUUUACAGAGUGAGGUGUGGAUUGUUGGAUGUAUGUAUAGACUAAAGGCAAAAGGUCUGCUGCCCUAUUGAGUGGUGAUCCUGGUGCCUAUAAUGUGGAAUCGAAAAGGCAUGUUACCAAGAAGUUGAUUAUGUAAUGUUUCAAAAAAAUUUACGUAAGGGUACCAGAAGUUAAAGACCUCUCUGUCCCCUUGUUUCUGUGCCUUGACUCUACUGGUCCCCAGAGGUCAAACUCUAAUGUAACUGUACAUUUUUUCGUUCUGUCUUUUGUUUUUAUCUAUAUUUACACAUCUUUCCCCCUAUAUUUAAAUCCCACCUUCACAUAUAUCUGCCUAAACAAUGCUCUGCCUCCUAUCGAGAUGCACCACUGAUAGAAAGGGUCAUAGUUAAAGCGAUAUCCAAAGCACCAAAUAUAGUCGAUCUCCCCCGCCCACCUGUCACCUUCCUACAGAGAAGUUUAAACCAAGGCAGAGAGGGAGGUCAUCAGAACAAAAACAUUUAUGCUAUUUCCAGAUUUCUCAAUAUAGCUCUAUAUGAAAUUUCUCUAUUUUUAUUAGAAUGAUAAUAUGGUUCUAAGUGCCUUUCUGGAAACAAAAUGUCUUUUACAGGAGGAUGCCAGAUUCGGUAGAAAUUAAUAGGAAAUCUUUAUAUUGGAGUACUGCGGAAUCAUUUUAAUAUUGACAUUGCUCUAGUUUUUUCUUUAAUGGCGAUAAAGCUUAUAGAAGAUCCUUAGCCCCAUAUUCAGACGGACAGCAGAGUCCAACGUCAGUGCAACCCUAGCACAGCAGAAUCUGAUUUUUAUGUCAGUUAAUCACAUAAAAUCAGCUAAACCGGACCGUAUGUGAAAGAGGAUUUGCUUAAAUUAAUUUUAUACCAUGAAGCAUAUGUUUACAUCGCAUAUUAGCCAAAGAUUAUACAAGGUUGUAAUACCAAAAUAAAUUAAAUUCAGAAGUGGCGCUGUGUGUCGCUGUUCUGUUCAGUGUCACACACGCACACACACACACACUCACACACACACACACACACACACACACACACACACAUGGGACUGCCAAGAGUGAAAGCAGAAACUAUAAAUUGAUGUCAGAUUAAUCCUACAUGGCAGUUAAAUAACAAACCUGUAUAUACAACCCUGCAGACACCAAGCGGAAGUCAUUGUUGAAUUUGAAUUUAUGCCUUCGUACAUGAAAGUGAUGUGAAUGUAAACAUUUGUUAUUCAAACAUUUCCUAUCAUAUACAAAUUUUUAUAAACACAUUUAUCAGUGCCUAUCAAUUUUGUGUGUGUGUGUGUGUGUGUGUGUGUGUGUGUGUGUGAGAGAGGGAGAAAACUUGGAAGUCAAUUCACCUGUCAGCCGCAUCAACUCCAGUGCAUUUGUCUAAUGUUAAGUUUAUCUUGUGAGUGAAACGAUCUGACGUAAAAGCGAUCAUAUUUCUCCUUUAUAUCAAUGUAUAUCUUUUUUUUCUACUGUAAAUAUUGCUAACUGCUGAAUCUCAAUGUAUUGGCUAAAACCUUCCUAGACUUCACCACAGGGGUAAGGACUACAUACACGGUAAAGGUAUGCAGCCUUAUUAUAAUCUGUUGCUUGAAUCGCUGCACUUUGAGACACUACCUUUGGUGCUGGGGAAGUAUUAUCCCCAGCACAUUAUCACUAAUAAAUAAAUACUUUCACGA